AUGGGCAGGACUCCAGUAUACUUCCUGUCUCACGGGGGACCCAACAUCAUGGAAGAGACUCACCAUCCAGCGUAUGCUAAGCUCCAGGAAAUCGGCAAGGAGAUCACCCAGCAGGUCAAGCCCAAAGCGGUCGUCGUUUUCUCCGCACACUGGCAAGGCUACAAGGACACAAUAGAGGUCAAUACAGCGGAAAACAUGGGCCUAAUCUACGACUUUUACGGCUUCCCGGCGCACUACUAUGAGUUUCAAUACCCCAACAAGGGCUCACCGGAGCUUGCAGAAAAGGUCCUUAGCCAUCUGCAUGAUUCUGGCAUCAAGGCCGAGGGCGUUCGCAGGGGACUCGACCACGGGGUCUGGGCAUCUUUCAUGUGUGCUUUCAAUCCGGAGAAGAAUCCACUCAACGUGCCCAUUGUUCAAGUCUCCUUGUUCGAUAUCGAAGAUCCUGAUAUGCACUACGCUCUUGGUCAGGCCGUCUCUUCGCUACGCGACGAAGGAAUCCAGAUCAUUGUUUCAGGAAUGGCAGUCCACAAUCUUCGGGACAUGUUCCGCACACUGGGGCAGCCUGGAGCCUUGGACUAUACGUACAGCUUCGAUGAAGCAUUGAAAGAGGCCGUGGAGCAGCCGCCUGAGAGUAGACAAAAGGCCAUGGCGGAAUUGAUGAAGCGCAAGGAUGCUAGAAAGGCACAUCCGUCUUUUGAUCAUUUGCUGCCCAUAUACAUCGGAGCAGGUGCGGCGAGAGAGGAUAAGGGCAAGCAAUUGUGGACCUUGCCUGAAGGGAGCAUGAGUUGGGCCCAGUAUCGAUUCGGCGAGGUGAGCGCAUAG